AUGAGCAAAGCUUUUCGUUAUGAGAAACACCAAGCUCCUAUGGUCAAUCAUGAAACUUUUAGAUUUACUGUCAAUGUUUCAGACCCUGAAUCUGUAGAAAUGCGACAAAAAGAAAAAUACCUGUCAGAAGUAGAAUAUAGCAUGGAUACCAGCUAUUCCUCUCAAUUAAGAAAAAAAAUAGCUGGUAUAUUUGAGACAAAACUAGCUUAUCAAAUUCUUACAGAAGGCAAAUUUGAUUAUCAUGCAACCAACGAGCAAAACACUAGUCAAGAGUUAGAAAUAACAAACGAUAUUUACCAUAAUCUUGAACUAUCUGAAGAAAACAACAUAACUCAAUUUGAGCAUGUUCUCGACGACCAUUCUACUUGUUUUGUUGAUAGCUCAUUAAGUUUAGAUUCAAAGCAUGAUGUUGAUCAUAUUAGACCUUUUGCGAAACUCGCUUAUGCUGAGGGAUUUGAAGGAGAUGCUUCACUGAGAACUGCAGGCUCUAAUGUACGUGAGGAUUCUAGUACUGGCAUUACGUACAAAUCACCAGCAGCAGUGGAGUUUCAAAAAAGGUCUCUUGAUUAUGAUAAUCAACUCAGCAUUAAUGUUACUGAAAAUGAUUAUAUCAAUGAUAAGAUUCUAACUAGAGAAUUAUCUGAAUUAUCAUUAAAAUCUUCUUUACCUGCUAGACAAUUUGCACGUAUUACCUUAGCUAAUACGUGUACUGUCAAAUUACCAAGAGAAUUAAUUUUAACUAAUAAUCAACAACAAAAUUUAGAAAACGCUAUUGUUGCAGUUUAUGGUUAUGUUAAAAUUGUGUAUCAGCAAUUACCAGCCACUUAUAAAAAAUUAGGUUCAUCAAGAUUACCAGAUGAAAUCUUUUUAACAGAAUUGGAUCAAAAUUCUGUUUGGUAUAAGGUAAGAAAAAAGUUAAUCGAUAAUUUUGAUGAACAUAUUGACAAAGCUUGGUUUUCUAAACUCAGAGUAGAGGAAAAUGCUAUCACACAAAAGCUUACUUUAGUAGCUCCUACUAACUUUCUGAAGGAUUGGAUUAAUCAUAAAUAUGGCUCUGUUAUUAAAGAUAUUGCCAAAACACUAGAUUACCAGUUUGUUGAACUGAUAACUAAAAAACAAUUGUGCAAUGUUACAUGA